AUGAAUGUCCAGUUGGGUUUGGAGACCAGUGAAGACAUUUCCGGCUCAGGCCAAGAGCUUAUGCACAAUCAGAAUAGGACUUUACAUCCACCUGUUCCCAGAUCUUCAUUGGCUUCCAGUAUGACAUCUGUUCUGGAUGGAAGUGACUACCACCGCUCAGAGCAUCAUCUGGCAAACUCCCUGCAUUGUGGACUGGGAUUUGGGGGAGAUUCACCACCGGGGUCUGCGAAUAGUUACACCACCUUGACACCACUUCAACCACUUCAUGACAAGUUCCAUCAUCACCAGCACCAUCAAUGUGUCCCAGUUGGGAAUGUGAUUGGAAGUUUUACUCUGAUGAGAGAGGACCGAGGCCUUGGCCCACCUAGUAACUUUUAUAGUCACUAUCCCAAAGAUAUAAACAUGGGACAAAGCCUUUCCUCCUUGCCAAGUCCUAACCUGACGGGCAUGCACAGCUACGGGCAUCCUUCUGGGCACUUGUCUAAUGAGAAGGUGGUAUCUGGCAAUGGUUUUGAUACCCACCAUCAUAGCAUGUUUAGCAGAAUAGACCAGCACUUUUCUAGAGAGUUGUCCCCACCGCCGUCUUCUGGAGUGGGGUCGCCCAACAAUAUGCACCAACAUCACUAUGUGCACCACAGAGCUGAGAUGAACUGCAGGCAAAACCCACCCAUGCCAACCCAAAGCACUACUCUUUCCAGCCAACUGGAAGAAAUUAAUACCAAAGAUGUCGCCCAAAGAAUCAUUGCGGAACUGAAAAGAUACAGCAUCCCUCAAGCUAUUUUUGCUGAGAGAGUCUUGUGUAGAUCACAGGGGACACUCUCAGACCUUCUAAGAAACCCCAAACCCUGGAGCAAGCUAAAAUCCGGAAGAGAGACCUUCAAGAGGAUGUGGCGGUGGCUUCAGGAGCCCGAAUUCCAGAGAAUGGCAGCUUUAAGGUUAGAAGCCUGCAAAAGGAAAGAGCAAGAGCAAACCAAAGCCGAAAGAAAUCACGUUCCUAAGAGGCACCGCCUGGUUUUCACCGACAUCCAGCGACGCACUCUACAUGCCAUAUUUCAUGAGAACCAGAGGCCCUCCAAGGAAUUGCAGAUCACCAUUGCCCAACAGCUUGGCCUUGAGCUGUCCACUGUCAGCAACUUCUUCAUGAAUGCUCGUAGGAGAAGCUUGGACAAGUGGAUGGAUGAAGGUCAUGGGCGUCCUCCAUCCUCUUCCAACUCUUUAUCGUCUAAAGGUGGCUCAGCCAUUGCUUGCACCAAAGCAUGA